GCACGCGCUUGAGUAAAAAUAUUUUAUUAACAAAAGAUGACAAAUUUACGUAAGGAAUUGGAAAAAUGCAAACAUCCGAACAGUCGCAAAACCAAGGCACUUAGCAAAAAAGCACGCAGACAAAACAAUAAACACAAAAGUCGCCUGGGCCAUGCAAUAAAAAGUAAUUUGACUGGCGAGAAGUUAAAUUGGUUCCUUGAACACAUCGACCUGGAACGCAAGGAACCCUUGUCGCCGGUUGAAUUUGAAGAACUUGUCUUGCUGUAUUUGAAACGAUUCGAUGAAGAAUUGGAGCAGAUUAAACUGAAACAGUCAAUUAGCAAAAAUCGUUCCAAUCAACAUAUAGCGCGGGAAAAUGUUAUAAGAAUCACAUUGGAAAAGGAAAUGAAUGAGUUUAAAAGCGGUGGCAUGGAAAUGAUUAAUCUCUGCGAUCCAAUUAAAUACAAAACUCUACUAGAUUGGGAUGGGAGUGCAAUCAAUGUACAACAUUUAAAACUCGAUUUGAUAUCACAGAACUUUCUGCAACGCCUAAAAGCACAGACAUCGAUGGAAACUGCAACCAUGGAAGAUACGGAGAUAAUGUUGCCAAGUGGAAGUAAAGAUGCAAUGGAAACGUGAACGCUCUUAAAAUCAUUUAAGAAACAAAUUUUGAUAAAAUAAGCCAUUUUAAUAACAAUAUAAUGAUAACAUUUAAUAAUAACGUUUAAAAUGUUAUGUUGUUUAUGUAAAAAAGGAACAAUUCUUUG